UACGUUUUUCUGCAGCAAACAGAAUGAACUUCUCGUGGUUUGCCGUGCUCAUCUUUGCCCUGUUCGCCGUCGUCUCGGCUAGCAAUUGCCCUGCCAAGUUCACGGCCCAGGGCGGAAAAUGUGUUGCUGAGCGCCCCAUUCAUGGCGAGUGCCCCGCUGGCUCCACCUACAAGGUGAACAUUAAUGCCUGUGUCUAUGGUGCUUAGUUUUGAGCGGUGCUUGAUUAAAUAAAAUGUAAUCAAAAAGCCAGA